UUGAAUUAUGGCCGAACUGAAUGAUUUUUUCAUCCGGACCCUGCGUAAUUCAGCGCGCCAGCAACGUACUGCCAACGCUAACGCCAAUGGCAGCGUAGUGUCGGGAAAAGUGCAAGCGCAGUCAAUUAUGACAGCUCGUCCGUCAUCAAAUGGAAUAUCCAGCUCGCUGGCUGCUGCUGCUACGCUCGACUCUUCUAGUAGCAACCCGAAACGGGAAGCUAUGAAUAAUCGGACUCGUCAGGCCGGCGCUAGUAAUGUGCCCCCGGAUUUAUUAGCCAAUUUACUGCCACGGCGCCACGAUGAUCCGGCCGUCGCAUCACUCCGUCAGCAGCAGCCGUCGCCGUUGACAAAAACUACUAAUCCAGCGCCACGAAAACAGCCCGAACCCGAUCAUGUUUCCAGCGGCAGUGCCAAUGUAAAUCGCAUCACUUGUAAAUUAUCCACACCGAAGAAACUGUGGAAUACUUUCACGAGCAAGUGCGUAACCACGUCAUCCGUUCACGUUGUCAAGGAAUACCAGCCGCCAGUGAAACUGAUCCAGGAGAAAACGGCCACCGUGUUAGCCCGCAGGAAUUCUCUGACCGCCGCAGCGAGUGCACUCAACAAGACCGACGCGCCCUUACGAAUUGUUCCCACUUGGUUUCCGCCGGCCAACAUUCCCAAACUGCGCCGACAGGGAUCGUUUCACGGGGAAACAGCUGCGUCGCGUCUGCUACGGGCCAAACAGCAGCAGCACAGGGUCAUGGAGCAAGAGGCCAAGGGCAGAUCGCCGCCAACAAAGGACGACGGAAUCGAUGCGGUUAAUUCCCUUGACAGCACCAGCACGCCCACCAUUCCAGAGGAACCGGAUGGAAUGCACACUGAAACUGUCCCGAAAAGGCCACCCCGGCUACAGAAGCCCAAGCUAACAAUUGACACGCGACCGGUGUCACCAUUACCGACAGUCUGUGCCCGUCAUAUGAAACACCACGCUGGCUCCGCCGCAGCCCAGUCAUUUGUUGCUGCUUGUCCCAAAAGUGCGGAUUUACGCAGUGCAGUUAAUCCCGGUUCACCGAGUGGGAGCCGCCGCAUUACAGAUCACCGUGGUGGUCGACCGCGAAGCAUCUUCAAGUUUGGCACUUUGCCUCGCUCUUUCAGGAUGUCCAAUUCCCACAGUCCCACGCACUCCACCCAGCAAUUGGCCAUCAAACCCUCCGCUAGUUCCUGUGAUUUGUGUGAACCAAAGACCGCGCCCAUUGUCCAGGGGCGCCCUGCUGGUCGUCAGCUGAAACGCAGCCAGAGCUUCCGUAAUUCUUGGCACGUCACCACACCGUCUGAGCUGGCAGCCGUCAAGCGACCGGAUGUGGCCUUGUCCAACGAUGAAAACGUCUGGCUGAGUCCGCUGGUCUCGCCCGUUGUGCCGCAGAAAAUCUGUACUUGCGGAGAUACGCGGAAGCAUGUGCAUCUGGUGAAAUUCGGUGACGACCUGACGUUGACCGAUACGCGGUAUUUUGUGGAAGAAGACGGCACCGAAAAUGGACAGCCAAUUGCACAGCCAGCUCAAAGUGUACCUGCGACGCCGGUAAAAAUUUCUCACGCGAAACCGGUCCAACGAAUGAAAUCUCGCAAGUCGCCUCCGCCGCCACCAGUAGCGGAAUCGGAAAGCGAAACCGACAAUUCGACUGCUGAUGUGCAUAAAUCAUCGGAAGCGUCUCAUGAAAGCUCCUCGGGGAUCAGCACGGAAGAGGAGACUCUGGAGAAGGAGAUGGAGAAUUUAAAACAUAAUUUGUCCUCUCGCAGCUCCUUGCCGGCAAAUGACUGUGUGGAUGUCUUGUCGGGAACGAUUGCCAAUGUGCAGAACGAGAUUGACUCCUUCAACCAUCAAAACAAUUUUAUGUUGCGCAAAUUACUGGACUUAAGUGAUCAGAUACGGCACUGGAAUGGACGGCGGAAGCAUCGCAUUCGUAGUGUCGAUUCAAUAUCUCCGUUGUUAAGUGCCAGUACCGCGAAGGAUUUUCCGGUGCUGGCUGUGGGGAACUGUCAGUUACAGAGUAUUCCCGAGCUUCGUCGAAAUCGGACUUUGAGUAUGGACGAUAUUGGCCUGGCCACUUACAAAAAAGAACAAGUGACCGAUAAAGCAGCUCCUCCGUUGGCCGUCGCCGCACUCAUCAGCGAUCCUUUCACUUCCGCAUCUCAAUUGCGAUCUAAUGUUCAUCUGUCGUAUUCUGAUUUGCUCAAGAACAGCAGUAAAUUUUGGCAGCCCUCACAGCCAGGAUGUAAUAAUGAGACAUCAAGCACCAACGCUGACAGUACUGCCACAUCCGCCUGCAUCCUACAAGAAGCGUCCUUAAGUCUGCUUUUGUAGAGUUUUUUCAAAGGAACGAGUUGCUGUAUAUGCGCCUGCAUAAAAUGUAUAAAUGGAAACUGCAAAAUACAGUAAUGCAGAGAAUUUGUUAUUACUUUAAAUAUUGAUUUCGAAUCUUGUUUUCAGUUACGGUAACCUAAUGGCCAGUAAUACUGAUUGCGUGUUGGUGAUUUGAAAUUCUCGAAGCCAUAUACUUUGCUGAUGCAGAAAGUUAUAAAUAAGCAUGCUACGAACAUAAGUAGUAACCAUCUGCUUUAAUUUUUCUGCAAUUGUUGUUUGAAUUACUAAAAAUUUUCACGCCUUCUAUUGGAGGUCCCAUUUAUCUUGCUCUCAGUUUUGAAUGAUAUUAUUAUUUGAAUACGUGUAAUUUGUAUCACCUUUUGACCCGAGAGAAGAGAGAGACUUCGGUUGUUUUUUCAAUUUUUAAAUUUUAGCGUUUAACUAGUGUACGAGCGCUCGCAAUUACUGUAAUUUGGGUGGCU